CCCUCCGGGUAAGCCCCGGGUAGUAAACCGAACGCUCCCUGUAACAAACAGCCCGUUCAGAAAACACUUCCGGAUGCGUUUGACUUUUUUUUUUUUUUUUUUUUUUGUUUCGCUACUUUGCUCUUAACGUCAACUUUGUAAAUCUUCUGUUUGACGCUUUAAAACAUGAGGAGUUGACGGGAACGUUAGAAAAACCGACAGACAACAAGUUGAGGAGAAGAAGGAAAAAAGGAGGAGCCGCUUUUUAAACAGCCCUGAAGGGGAAUUUACUCACAGUAACACAAACGCCCACAAGAUGAUGGAGGCAUCGGAGGAGAUAAAGGACAGUGACGCGUCCAACGCCACAGAGGAAGAAGUAGCCCCUCCGAAGGUGGGAUGUCAUGAGGAUGUUUGCUCAAAGGAGAAACCAGAGUGUGAACUGAGUGAGACGGAGAAAAAGAAAAUGAUGGAGGCAUUGGGGGAGAAAGGAGACGUUAGUGCAGCGUCCAACACCACAGAGGAAGACAAAAACCCUCCAAAGGAAACAAACAGUAACUGCAACCACGGAGAUGAGGACAGCGCUGACUGUUCAACGGAGGCAGCAGCAGCACAGGUCUCUGUGGAAACAGACCAGAGCAGAGAGGUCACAGUCACGCACCAGAAACCAGAUGGUGGACCUGUGGUCAUUGAAGCCAGCAACAAGAACCCAGCCACCGAGAAGCUGGAGAGGGUCCGCAAGUGGAGCAUCAGCAAAUAUAAGUGCACCCGGCAGGCUCUGGCCGAGAAGCUCGGCAGAGGCUCCCGUACGGUGGAUCUGGACCUGGAGCCGCGCCUCGAGCUGCUCAAAGACGACCGGCAGCGCUACGAUCACAUGGCCAAGCUGGCUCAGACGCUGGCCAAUCAGUUCGCUCAGUUCUCUUCCAUCCAGAAGACUCUGGGGGACACCUUCAACGACCUCAGCGUCAAAUCAAAGGACCUCCACGUGGAGUUUGGCAUGAACGCCGAGGCUCAGAGGUUUCUGUCAAAGAGCACCGGGGUUCUGCAGUCAGCCAUCAACAGCUUCACCUUCGACAUGAACACUCUGGUGAACAAAACCAUCGAGGACACCAUGAUCAACGCCAAACAGUACGAGGCUGCCAGGAUAGAGUAUGAUGCCUACCGAGUGGACCUGGAGGAGCUGAACAUGGGGCCACGGGACACCAACACCGUGCCUAAACUGGAGCAGGCCCAGAAAACCUUCCAGGGCCAGAGGGAGAAGUAUGAGAAAGUCCGAGACGAUCUGUCCAUCAAAGUCAAGCUGGUGGAGGACAACAGGGUGAAAGUCCUCCACAAUCAGUUAUGGCUGCUCCACAGCGCCAUCGCUGCUCACUGCAUGUCAUGUCACAGUUUUCUGGAGAAGAACAUGCAGCAGGCUGUUGAAUACCUCAACAUGUCCAGCGUGGACGCCCCCUCCUGGGUGGAGGAGAGUUGACACUCAGCAGAAUCAGCUGAAGGGACUAAAAUGUGUCGCUUGAAGCUCCAGAAACUACGAGUAAUUUAUUUUGGGUGAUGAAUGGGAUACUUGGGUUAUCGUAAAAGAUGAUAUAAAGUUGUUCUAAAAUUA